GUUCCGAGGAUGAGGGCGCUUUUGAAGCACCCUAAUUAACCCGAGAAGACAAAACGUUUUGGAGAGGAACGAUGGCUCCAAUUAAGACGCAAUGGUCUCGUCUCAUACGUUUCGUAGCCGCAGAGACCUCGAGGGUGCAUCUUGGCCAACCCGUAGACCCUAAUAUUGAUGUUGGACUUGCAGCUUACAACUCUGACCCUAUCAAAGCAUACGAGAUCGUGGGGUCGGCACUAGAUCCUGCUGCGCAAGUUACCGACUCUGUCCUAACAGUCAAGACUCUCCUCGCACCGCUAGCGAACGAGGAGAUCAAAAUCGUCCGAUGCUUGGGGCUGAACUACUCCGACCAUGCAGCAGAAGCUAAUAUGGCCAAGCCUGCCUUUCCAAUUCUUUUCUACAAACCUGUAACAUCUCUUAUAGGUCCCCUAGGAACGGUGAUCAUCCCUCAAGUUGCUCAACCACCAGAAGAACACCUUCCAGAUUACGAAGUUGAGCUCACCAUUGUUAUCGGCAAAGCAGCCAAGAACGUCUCAGAGGCUGACGCACUGGAUUAUGUCUUGGGAUACACUGGAGCCAACGACGUCUCUUUUCGAAAGCAUCAAAUGGCAAUAUCACAAUGGUGUUUUUCCAAAAGCUUUGACAACACAAAUCCUCUAGGACCAUGCAUCGUCUCUAGCAACCUCAUCCCGGACCCACAGACUAUUCUCCUCAAAACUUACGUCAACGGAAAUAUGAUGCAAAAUGGGACCACCGCAGAGCAAAUCUUUAACGUCCGGCAAACAGUCUCAUUCCUCUCACAAGGAACCACUCUUGAACCUGGGAGCAUCAUCAUCACUGGCACACCCAAGGGAGUCGGGUUUGUCAGGAAGCCUCCGGUUUUCUUGAAACAUGGGGACGAAAUGGCUGUUUGGUUGGGAGGUGGGAUUGGGUCGCUCUUCAACAACGUGGAGGAGGAGAAAUCGGCUGCGGGCCAGCUAAAGGUGUAA